UAAAACGGCGUACUUAGCAGAUUGACAUUAUUCGUGUACGCGUAGAACCAUUUGCUGGCCCAGCGAGCCUUCGGGUGAUAUUGUGGUCAUUGCCGCGAAAUGUUUUCGUGAUCAUGCUCAGUGAUGCGCUAGAGAAACCAUUACAAAAUCGAUAAACUUAUUUGUAAAUACACAAUAUCAGCAACAAACGGAUGUGCAGGCGUACGUGUUGACAAAAAUAAUGUAGACCUCCCCCGCAGCAGUGGUACGAUGUAGGGCGCUCUGUGUGCUGCUCAAAUGUUCAGCGAAACAACCAAUCUCGAGCGAAAAUACCAUUUCCCGUAAAUGGUUCCGUUCGCUGUUGACUAGUGACGAAAUUGACGGACGAGUACGGUGGAAGGCAAUAAAAUUUAUAAUCUAUCGACAGUGCAGCAGUACGACGAGCUGUCGGUGAAAUCAUAACCAGGUGCAGUGAAAUCGGCUCGGAGCAACAUUCACAUUCCGCUGGAUACCGUGGAGCCUUGAAUAAAGCUUUGUCGUGCAAAGGCAAAGAAGAAAAUACGUUCGUCACCACGAGCGCACAUUCCGCCCGCAAGUAUCCAAAACGCGUAUGUAAUACAUAGUGUUUUUUUUCCCUCCUGUUAUGGGGAAUGUUUGAAAAUAGUGCAUGAAUCUUACUAUCAAAAGGGCAAGCACGUACUUCGGAAAUUCCAGUUUCUAUAUUGCUAAUUUGAUAUCUGCACUGAUAAAGUUCGUCAUACUGCGGAAGUUUUGUUCCUGUACGUGAAGAAAAGGCAACCGAGUCAAGUAGCAUUGUUAUCAUUUAUUAUCCCCUGUGUCGAUACCCUGGUGGUGUAGAGUUUAAUAUUCGCGUUCGGUGGUGAUGCUUAGUAUCCAUUUGUCCAAGCCGUAGCAGCUAAUACUCCCCUGGAACGAGAUGAGCUGAUAACACUGUUUGUGUAUGAUAAUUUUGAGGUCAGUUUAUCACAUCACAACAUAUCAGUGACUUCUUGUUAGUGAAUUUUUUGGCGAAGAAUACAGCGGAUGUCGAACAAAACCAGGGAUCGUAGGAUAGUAUGAUCGCCAUGGCAACGUCACCAACGUCCACGAGCAGCGCGUCGGCGACGUCCGUGUCGCUGCAUCGACAGUCGAGCAAGAACGCCGACACCGUUUCCCUCAGCUCGACGGCCAGCACCUUCUCGCACUGUCCGGACCGGCACGGAUUCUACGGUGGGCACCAGUUCUCGGAGAAGCCAAAAAAGGAAACUCUGACACGCGAACAGAUCCUCGCUCGUGAGAAGAAAUGGAUCCACAUGACGACGCACUGGUCGGAGUAUAUGAACACGAACUACAAAAAGGUUAGGGAACGUUGUCGCAAAGGUAUCCCCGAUGCACUUCGACAGAAGGCUUGGUUUCUGCUGACCGGAGAGAACCAUCUGAUGGAGAAAUUUCCCAACUGGUACGAGCAGCUGUUGGAGCAGCCGGGCAAUCCACAGAUUAUCGACGAGAUACGCAAGGACCAACAUCGACAGUUUCCACAUCACGAGAUGUUCAUCGACGAUGAUAAGCCGGGCCAGAAGGAGCUGUUCAACGUCUUGAAGGCGUAUUCGGUGUACAAUCCGACCGUGGGCUAUUGUCAGGCGCAAGCUCCGAUCGCGGCCUUUCUGCUCAUGCAGCUCCCUGCCGAACAGGCGUUCUGGUGUUUCGUCGCAAUCUGCGAUAAAUACCUGGAAAACUACUUCACACCCGGGCUCGAAAUGCUACAGCGGGACGCGGGCAUGCUGAACCGGCUACUCAAGAAAACAUCUCCCUCAGCGUACCGGCAUCUGCAAAAGCACAACGUCGACCCACUGCUGUACAUGACCGACUGGUUUCUGUGCGCCAUGACGCGUACUCUUCCCUGGGACACUUUAUUGCGCGUGUGGGACUGUUUCCUGUGCGAGGGUGUUCGGAUAUUCUUCAAAGUCGCGCUCGUCAUCAUCGGAGCGACGCUUGGCCCGCAGAAGGUUCGUUCACAGUGCAACGGCCUGUGCGAGACGCUGGCAGUGCUCCGAUCGCCACCGAAAAAGUUCCUCGAGGAGGACUUUAUCAUGCACCAUAUCUUCCGAUUGAAUAUCACUAUCGACGAUUUCCACCGGGAGCACAAAAAGAUCGAAAUGCUGCACCGGAAGGCAAAGCUAGAGCAGCAGAAAAAUGGGUCUACCAACGGGACCGGUGGUGCCGCGUUACCAGGUAGGAGUACGUAGCCCGAAGACACGCCCUAGAAGCAGGGAGUUGACGGGAGAACUAGUCCGGGGGGAAAUACGUUCAAGUGCGCUACAUUAACCGGAAGCUGACUAAGAAGUGAAUUACAAACACCACUGCUCGUUGUUCAAGUUUAAAAAUAUCAGCAACCUUUUUCUUUCCAAGCAAAAAUAAUCGAAAAGAUAAGCUUUUGCUUUCCCCAAACUUCUUUCAAUAUUUUCUCUUGUUGGGAUAAAUAGUGUUAAGAUAUAUAAAUUGGUUUGACAAUGUACGCAUGAAAUUCGACAACAAGUGUAGAGAGUGGAACGUUGGUAGUUUAAGCACCAUAAGAAGUCACUGGAAGAACUUCUUUAGCAAAAUUAGUAGCUAUAAGGAUGGAGACACUGCAACGGUUAACAAUAUCAGACAAAACGAACCACAGCGCUACGUCCGUUCCAUUUGCCAUUGUUUUGGUGCGAAUGGUUUAUAGUACAAUAUUGCGUCUAUUCUACGAGGAACAUCAAUCAGAUCCCAUCCAUCAUUGAACUUAGGGAGAUCGUUAUUAGGAAGGCGAUUUCAUUCGAAAACAUUAUUCCGAUCUCGAUAUUCUUUUCUUGCAUUACAUCCUUUUUCGAUCGAAUCUUUUCGAUGAGUUUCGUGUGAUAGAUGUAGGAAAUAUACACUUUUUGAAACUUAAACUAAAAUGCAUGUGAAGUAAAGGGAAGCAAUGUUGCAUGAAUAAUCUUUGAUCCAUAGAACAGUUAUUUCCUUACCUUUCAUUCCAUCGUCUCAAACACCACGUCAGCAAAAAAUGUAAAAUCAUUUUUAUCGUAAAUUUUCGAACAGAGAAUUAAUGUUAUUACAAAAUCCUGUCGUUUAAUUUUGAAUGAAAUUUACGGCAUAGAUGACACAGAGAAAACUGUAUGUGUACCCAUUCGCAUAUUUAGUACAUAACGUAUGAUAUCUCUGUUUUGAAACCCACAUUAUCUGUAGUUUUAUUUGAAAAGCUACGUAUAAAUCAGAGAAAAAAGCGUUCAUUUUUGCUUGUAGCUGUUUUUCGAUGUAAUUUUUUUAGAUGUUUAAGUCAUCGAUAAAACGACGUGGCACGAAGUAGUACUCCCUUGGCAAAAAGGGCAGUUGAAAAGGAGGAAGAAAUCGAGAACAAGAGAACAAUUUCACUGGUGCCUUUCUUUCCUUAGAAUAAUCAUCCUUCUCCCCACGAGAUUGUGCUGUGGCUAACGGUCUGCGCUCGUCUCUAGUAUUUAAUAUGUACGUUAAUUUCCUGUUUUCUUUCACCUUCGUGCAAGAUCAAAAUUGUGUUGCGGGUGCAUGAAACAUCUAUUUAAUCAUAUAUGUUAAAUGAAAUCAAUGAAGCAUUAUAUACAAAAACACAAUUAUUGGAUUGAUGUGCAAUGGUCUGGCGAGUUAUAAACGCAAGAAAAAUGUCAUAGGAAAGCUAGGUAGUUUAAUUUAGUGUUCCAUCCGUACCCGUCUUAUUAUUAUUUAUUACAAAUAACUGUAACAACCUAGCGGAAAAGGAGCAGAAGUAACUGCAUGCACAUGUAGAACGCAGCGAAAGCCUCUAAUGCGCACAUGUUUAAAAAAAUUCUUAUAAAAAUGCGUUUCAAAGAGAUAAUAAAGUCAAAUUAUUCAAUAACU